GUCGUGUGUUAGCAACAUAAGGACGCAACGAAUUUCAAAAUGGUUGCGGCUGAUCCCGAGGCAGUGAAUAGUUCGAAACUGGAAGAUGUGGGAACGGAAAAUUAUUCCUUGAAAAUUUUUCAAUCUACAUUGAACUUGUUAGCUCAUAUACUCAUUGGUAUUGUAGUAGGAAUUUCCAUACUAUUUGCGUUCAGGAAUGGAUUACCGACGAAUAAUAUGACGAAUCUGCAUAUCGUUUUGUGUGUUAUUGGAUACCAAUUAUUGAUGGCCGAAGGAAUUCUUGCACUCUGCCCUUACAACAGUUGGACUGCUGGAUUGAGAUUGGUUGACAAGAGAAGAACACACACAAUUCUACAGAUCCUGGGUUCAGUGCUAGCUAUUGUUGGUAGCAUUCUCAAAAGUCUGGACAAGAGUACUAACUGGAAUACUCUACAUGGUAAAUUUGCUCUGGUAGCAAUGGUCUUCACUACAGUGAGUCUAGUUAACGGACUAACGUCACUUUACGCAUAUGAAUUACGUAAAUGCGUGCCGGGGAACUUCUCCAAAAUUCCCCACAUCGUCUUCGGCGUAGUUGCAUUUGUUGCAUCUUUGAUCGCACUCUGCUACGGAUUCGACUAUGGAUUUUUCAAAAACUGGACUGCGAACGCAGGCCCACCUUUUGGGUUUGCUUAUGCUAUAAUGGCGAUGUCCGCGGCAUUCACCUUCAUUAUAAUCGUCAACCCAAUGAUUACCGCAUUAAAUAAAACUGUUCGAAUGUGCAAAUGAUAAAUUGAUAGCUCUUAAAAUGUCGAAUCUCAAAGUUCAUACAAAUACUUAUUGCAGCUUUUGUGUUCAAAAUCGCUUUAAAUAUAAUAGUUAUCAUAUUAUCAACCAUGUUAUAUACAGCGUAUCCCUGUAAUCUGAAUUACGUAAAUUAACUUCAGUAAUAUAUAAUGUAGUAUACUCUAGUAUUUAAGUUAAAAAGGUUCAUUCAUUGU